AUGCUGAUGCGUCUGAGGCAUCCCAACGUGCUGAUGCGUCUGAGGCAUCCCAACGUUAUCCUCUUUAUGGGCGUCACUGUCUCGCCGCCGUCCAUCGUCGCUGAGUUUAUCCUCACGCCCGACCUCGCCAUCCCCACCUUGGCCGUCUUCCGCUGGGCACACUGCAUGGCCCAGGGCAUGCAGUACCUUGCCGCAUCGGGCGUCGUCCACGGCGAUCUCAGGUCGCUCAACGUGAUGGGCGCGGCGGGAGCAGUGGCGGCGCGAGAUGGAGACGGUGCUCGAGGCUGGCGGGCCGAUGGUGCUCGGCGGGUGGUGGAGAGCGAGUUGCGCGGGUGCGAGGUGGUGGCCAAGCAGCUGCUGCAGGUGGCGGUGUGCAUGGCGUCGGCGGUGAGCGCGGGCGUCGAGUGCCUGUCGAUCGUCUCGCCGCUGGCGCUCUGCCUCGAGCCGCCGCAUGUGGCGCUCAUCUACCCGCGGAUCAGCGGCGAGUCGUUGGAGGAGCUCCUCGCCGAGGCCUUUCUUCUGAGCUCGGGCUCGGGCCUCGACCGCAUGUGGGCGCUGAGCAUCGAGCUGGCGCUGGCGCGUGCGCUCGCCGAGGUCCACUCGAUCACGGGCGGCGGGCACGACGUGGUGGUGGACCACAAGAGCGGACGGAUGGUCAUCAAGAGCAACCAGGGGACGAUGGCGGUGGUGCCAUCGGUGGCGUACAUGGCGCCGGAGCAGCUGCGCGAAGCCGAAGAGGGUUUUGAGGGCGGCAUGUUCACCUUUGGAACGCUCCUCUACGAGAUGCUCACGCGGGCGCCGGCGUUUGAUGGCAGCAAUGCCAUGGAGGUCGGCCGUCAAGUCCUCACCAGCAACGCUGCUAGUGCGAUGGCGGGUGAUUCAUCCGGCGGUGUUGGUCGGUCGAUCCGCUGGUGA